AUGAACAAAAGCGUAGAAUUUAAAAAUCCCGAUAAUUCACCUGUUGAAAACGUAACUUUAUGUGUUUCCAACGAUGGUGUAGUGCAACAGAUUAAAGCACUCGACCCAUAUUGGUUAGAGAAGAGGGACCUCACACUGUAUGAAAGACCUCCAUCAGGUGAGGAGCUGGUCGUAGGAGCAUUAGAUGCUUGGAAAUCAAAGAUGCAAGUGUACUUAGAAAAUUUAAAAUGGCUAUUAGGACUAGAACAUCACAGAUUUUGGAGCACAAUUCUAUAUCAUCCUCAAUGUAUGGAUUGUUUAAUAUCAUUCAUCCAAGAAGCGAGUCCCCCUUACUUACCAGUUCAUGAGUGUGGAGAUGUAAGAAUAAUAUAUGAAGACAUCCGCAGACUUGUGUUGAUUGUGUUCAGUCGACUUGUCACUAAUAAAGAAAGUAAGAAUCAAUGGAUGACAAAGGAAUAUUUAGGUGACAUUAUAUAUAACAAUUUUAUAUUCACGAUACCAGUUUUAUGGGAUCUCUGCCUCACUUAUGGUGUUGAUAAUGCAAGACAUAUAUCAAAAAUGGUAGAAACUGUUUUCACAUUACAACCCACAUAUAACACAGAUACAUUGUUAGCAUUGACAUUUGUUCAGGAGUCAUUCAAGUAUAUAAUAAUGCAAGUUAACAAGGACUAUGAGAGCGAGGAACCACCAAAUUUGCCAGAGACGUUUAAGGGUUUUGGAGAAAUUCGUCGACCGUCUGGUAACAAGAGUCAUGACAAACUGACAUUUAACGUGCUGAGGGAUCUGGUGGUCCAUAUGUUAGAUACGGCUAUGACCUUGAGGAUAUUUGUGGAAGUAUACCCCAAGGCAGCGGAAUUGAUGAAGAAGACUAAUUUUGUUUUAAGUGUAGUCCAAUUAUAUGAAUACGGUAUACCGCAGUUGUAUGAAGUGUUAAUGGAAGUGGGCGAUGAGACGAGCGUCACUUACACCGAAGUAGAAUGUUACAUCGAUAUGACGAGGUCCGAGAUCAUAGAUACGUUUAGAGAGAUGCUGGCGGUGUACAAGAACGCCAUAUUUAGCGGAGACGGCAAUAUCUCCAGCAACGUUGAGUCGUAUUUGUCUUUGAUUAUGGAAGCUCUGUCAGAACGGCUUCUGAUCAAAGACUACCACUCGUGUUACCCGCUGCAUGAAGAUAUUGAUAUGUUAAGGCAGGCUUACCCUAAUAUCCACAGAGACUCAGUGAAAACCGACUUUAUACUGCAAGCUAUCUUCUCGAACGUCGAUGAUCAAGCCAUAGCUCAAACAAAUCAAGCAGAAACAAAUGUCCACACAGAAUUAGCGAACGGUUACACAGAGAAUGUAGAUGCCAAAGAAGAUAUACCAGAUAACGUCAAAGAAGAAUCAUUGAUAAGUGAAGUGAAGGAUAUUUUACCACAUUUAGGGGACGGAUUUAUAUUGAAAUGUUUGCAACACUACGGGUUUAAUGCCGAGAGAGUUAUUAAUACUGUGCUGGAAGAUAGCUUAGACGAAUCUUUGAGAGGUCUAGACCGAAGUCUGCCAAUCAUUCCAGAGGACGUACUAGACCAGAAGUUCUUAGAGACCGGCGUCCAGAGACUGAACGUGUUCGACGGAGACGAGUUCGACAUUAUGACCAGAGAUGACGUUGACUUGUCGAAGAUUCACAUCGGGAAGAGGAAGGACAAGUACAAGGAUCUGAAGGACAUGUUGGACGAUAAGACGGCCGUCAAGAACAGGAUGGACAUAUAUAGCAAAUAUAAUCUGGUCUGUGACGAGUCUGCGAUGUACUCCGACGAGUACGACGACACGUACGACGAGGAGACUCCUGUCACUACGGCUACCGAAGUUGAUGACCGGCGAGCUUUUGUUACACCUAGAGUUUUGAGGGCGAAAGAGGAGGUGUCUUCCGAAUCAGAGGAGGAAAUUGAACCGAACAAUGUUACUAAUGCUACUACUGCCACCAGUAGUACUACUCGUAGUAGAAUGGACUUCUGUGUGAAUCCUGAGGAGAUACGAGCUAGAAGAGAGGCAGCGAGGGCGGCGAGGGGGGGAAGAGGUUACAGGAAUGCUGACGUCACUGGCAGGCCCAAAGGUCAAGGUCAAGAUAAGGAAGUACUGCUUAAUAGAGACAGGAAGGAAAAGAAUAAGUCGUCCAAAGGUAACCACGGGAGGAGACACGGAGCGCAGUGGAAGAGAUCUCAGGGAAUGAUGCCAUCAUAG